AUGGUAACAAGUUCAAUAUAUAUUGAGAAAAGUCUAACGAGCAUCUUGACCGGAUUACAACAUGAAUUAUGUAAUAAUCAAAUAUCAGUAGUUAAAAAAAACCAUCUUACUCUUCAACGAUUAACAAAUUUUAUAGCUGAAUUAAAUUGUGAUUUUUUUCAUGAGAAAUUAAAAGAUCGUUUAAGAGAUAAUAUUAAUUUUUUACAUGUUAUACCAACGUCAUUAGAGCCUUUAACAGAUGAUUGGGGACGAUGUACAUAUUUUUUUUCAAUAAUUGGAACAUAUAAAUUAUUAAUUUAUCAACCAGUUGCAAUUCAUGAUAAUUGUCAACAAAAUGGAGCAAUUCUUGGUAUGGGAUGUGCAUGUUUUCUGGCUGAUUUUGCUACAUAUUUAUGCUGUUUAUAUCAAGAAAAUUGUUUUAAAAUGAAAUUAGAUUCAUCAAAUUUUCAUCCAAAUGUUUAUGAAAUAUCAUUAGAAACAUGUUUACAGAAAUUUGUUGAUGAAGAUCGAGAUGCUCACGGACGAUUAAUUGAAAUAAAAGAUCUUCUAUUAAAUCUUUCGGGAAAAGAUGAAGUAAAAUAUGAAAUAUAUCAACCUUAUUUUUAUGCAAAAGAUAUUGAAGUAUUACGUGGAGAAAAACAAAAUAUAACUACAAAUUUUUAUAAAAAAAUUUCAGAUGAAGAAUUUAUAUCUAUUUUAGAAAAACGUGAUGAUUGUCGUACAUAUCAACAUAUUGAAAAUUAUUUUAAUGAUAAUUCAUCAAAUGUUAAACAAUGUUUAUUUUUCCUUAAAUCAGAACCAUGGAAAAUUAUUCGUGAUAUUUUAAUGAGUAAAAAUGGAAUAUUUAGAGAUCCAAUAUUGGCAAGACGUUGGUUAACUAUGACUUUUGAUGUAUUUGAACAACAACUUCAAUCAAGUAUUUCAAUGUCUUCAAAGACUACAUCCAUUGCUACUGUUACCAACGUUUCAAAUGAUAUUGAGACACUUGAACGUAAUUAUGAUUUAUUGAGGAAUGAAAAAUUAAUGGAAUAUUUUACACAAGUUCAACGAAGUCUUCAAAGUUUAUUUCAAUCAGCAGUUAUAGCUGAUGCUGAUAUAUUUGCUAUUCAACAAUCUGAUUUUAAUAGAAGUAUUCAAGUCAUAGCUGAUUUAGUUCCUGAAGCAAAAACUAUUUUACAAAGUAUAUCGAAUAUUAUUGUAUCAAUUAGUCAAAAAGGAAUUAAAAAAAAAUUAGAUGAAUUAUGUAAUUUAUGUGUACGUUUUCCAUGUUUACCUGAAUUACUUGCAAGAAAAAUAACUAUUAUGAAACGAGAUUUUAUUAUGAAUUUAAAAGAUAAUGGUACAAUUGGUUUAUAUUCAAAACUUGACAGAAUUAUUAUAGCAAAUAAUCGUACAAAAGAUUGGUCUAUUCAACAAAGAUUAGCUCUUCGUGAUACAAAAGUAUUAGAAGCAUGUUGUAUUCAACUAAUAUGUAAAGAAGAUAUUAAUCCAUUAAGAGAAUCACAUGCUGAAGAUAUCGUGAAUAAAAUAAGUAAUGCAUUUAAGAAUACACAAUUAAAUAUACAAUUAUCAAAAGAUUUAUCAAUUAAUGAACAGCCAACUUUCUUUCAUCGACGAGAACCAUUUUCAAUACCAAAUUCAUUUUUUGAUCAACAUACUAAUCAUAAAUUUAUGAAACGUAUGGCUAAUAAUGAAGAUCCUAUUGAAUAUCGUGAUCGAGUUAAACAAUAUUUGAUGGAAUUAAAUGCUGAUAAAAUACAAGACUUAUUAGGUUCAAUUGAUCCAUCUGAUAGUCAACUCAAUCCUCUUUUUAUUUUACUUUUGGAAGUCAAAAAAGAGAAGAAACAUGUUUGUAUUAUAUCAUAG